AUUUCAUAGUCACUCCUGUCUCGUUUCUCUCCUCUCCCUUACGGCAGUCACAGUUGAUAGAGGAGGAAGAUGCAGGCCCUUUCAAGGCGAUUAGCCCACCAAUCCUUCAAUCAGUCUCCCGCAAUUUCCUCUCUCAAAUCCAUUUACCCCCUCUCUGACCACUAUUAUGGUGCUGAUCAUCCACGUCUCGGAUCUACUCUUGCCCCCAAGGGUGUGGGCCAUCUGGUCCGGAAAGGGACGGGUGGGAGAUCAUCUGUGAGUGGCAUUGUUGCUGUGGUUUUUGGAGCUACUGGGUUUCUUGGUCGCUAUGUUGUCCAGCAGCUUGCUAAAAUGGGAUCCCAAGUGUUGGUUCCUUUCCGAGGUUCUGAGGAUUCUCAUCGUCAUCUUAAAUUGAUGGGUGAUUUAGGACAGAUAGUACCAAUGAAAUACAAUCCAAGAGAUGAAAAUUCGAUCAAGGCAGUAAUGGCGAAAGCUAACGUUGUUCUCAAUCUUAUUGGAAGGGAAUAUGAGACAAGAAAUUAUAGCUUUGAGGAAGUGAACCAUCAUAUGGCUGAGCAGCUUGCUAUGAUUUCCAAAGAACAUGGUGGUAUCAUGAGGUUUAUUCAAGUUUCUUGCUUAGGGGCAUCUCCAUCAUCUCCAUCUAGGAUGUUAAUGGCUAAAGCUGCUGCAGAGGAAGCUGUUUUGAGAGAAUUACCUGAGGCCACAAUUAUGAGACCGGCUGUAAUGAUUGGUACAGAGGAUCGGAUUCUGAACCGGUGGGCACAAUUUGCGAAAAAAUAUGGCUUUUUGCCUCUCUAUGGUGAUGGAUCUACGAAAUUCCAACCUGUAUAUGUUAUUGACGUUGCUGCUGCAAUUAUGGCCGCCUUGAAAGAUGAUGGUACAAGCAUGGGAAAAGUUUAUGAACUUGGUGGGCCUGACAUCUUUACCAUGCAUGAGUUGGCAGCGGUAAUGUAUGACACGAUCCGUGAAUGGCCUCAUUAUGUGAAAGUGCCUUUCCCAAUUGCAAAGGCCAUGACAUUGCCUCGAGAAAUAUUACUAAACAAAGUUCCAUUUCCAUUACCUACUCCUGGUCUAUUCAAUCUGGAUCUGAUCAACGCUUUUACUUCAGAUACGGUCGUUUCAGAAAAUGCUUUAACUUUUGAUGAUCUUGGGAUUGUACCUCAUAAGCUGAAGGGUUACCCUAUUGAGUUCCUUCUCUCAUAUCGCAAAGGUGGCCCACAGUUUGGUUCUACUAUCAGUGAAAGAGUAGAUCCCGAGGCUUUUCCAUAAGGCUCUCUGGUUCUUUAAUUUUGAAAUGUUUUUCUACCCAAAAAUGCUACCCAGCUGGAAAGACUUCGAACAGGUUUCCAGAGAGGGGCAGUUUCUGUUGAGACAAACUAGGGAAAGAAUAAAGAUAUGGAGAGGAUCACCCUUCAAUGAUUUCAGGGUUGUAAAAUUCUGAGAAAUACUUUGGUCAUUUGUGAUUCUGUAAGACAUUUGGGUUGACUUGUUUUGGGUAGUCCUCAAGGCCCAGAAUUUAAUUCCUGUGAAGGGAACCACUCAUAUUUGUACAUGUGGUAUUUUUCGAUUUUCGGUUUAUUUUCUUCUCUGUUUUGCUUUUGUAUGCCCCAUUGGUCUCAGUUUGAACUGGAAUGGCUAUUCUUAUUCAUUUACAGCUACAUUUUAAAGUCCA